CCGCGCGAAUGCGAGCGGCGGCGGCCUUUCGCGCGAAGCCAUGGCGGACGCGCCGCCGCUGCCCUCACCCCCACCGGCGCCCGCCGGCGACGGCGGUCCAUCCACCUCCUCGGCCCCCGCAUCCGUCCCUCGCGCGCUCCCCCCCACGCUGCUUCUCGUCCCCCCGCCUCCUUCCUCCAGCGGGAGGUCACGGGGCGCGCGCGGCGGCAGGGCGGUGGGGGGCAGCGGGAGAGGCGGUGGCGGGAAGAGGAAAGCCGACGCGCAGCCUCCGGAUUCGGGUGGGGCGCGAGGGAGGAGGAUAGACGGGCUCGCCGAGGCGGUGAGGGUGGUCGGGAGGGACGUGGAGGCGGGGGUGGCGGCCGCCGACAUCCUGGAGCUGGCCAUGGCGAAGGGGCCCAUGUUUGCGUGGCUGAGCUACUGGCCGGAGGAAGGGUUCUCCAAGGAAGACCACCCCUACUGACGCACGGCGCGUCUCCUCUGCUUAGCACCAGGACCAUGUGGGAGGAAAACAGCAGAAGAUUUGGAUGCUGCUCCGAUCUCUUUCAUGGUGUCAAAGUAUUGAGUGAGCAGAACCAAAUCCAUCACAUCCUUAGCUGAAGUG